UAGAAGGAAGGGAAAUUUCAAAUUUGCUUUUCGAUUAUUGCUUGGCGAAUCAGCACGGUCAUGGUAUUUUGAAGAUCGGACAGUACCAUCUCCUUCUCCUCCGCUUGCUUCAGUUUCUCUCGGUGUAGCGAAUCUAUAGAUCCCUAUAUUCCUGCGAAGUCUCUCUGGUUGCAGCGAUAAUGGAUUUUUAAUGUUUAGAUGGUCUGUGCAGCAUGCAAUGGAUAGUGAUAACAUAAUAUCUGUUUCUGAGACCGAGACAAUCUGUGAAAAUGGUAUUCUUGGGAAACUUCCUUCCCCUGGUGAGGAAGGUCCAAUGUCAAAGAAAGUUAACGGUACAAAAAUGGUAGGAACAGAUGAAAGUUCAGAAAUUCUGGCUCAGUUCGAAGAGAGUGUGAACUUAUACUCAUCUAAAGGGGAAGCUGGAGAUGGGACAAUUGUCCAUGAGCAAAGCAAUGGUUUGGCUAUAUCUAAGGAUUUGAGGGAGAAAAACCAGGACCUGACUAACCACAAUAAACCAAAGGGUCAAAAGAAGAGCAAGAAGCCUUCAAGCCCCAAACGGGUAGUGGCUAGUUUUGUGCAGAAGAACAAAGAUGGGAAGCAUUUAGAGGUGGCCUCCACUGUUCAGAAUGGUUCACCCACCUCAACUUCAAACUCAAAGCAAUCUUUUGCCCUUCCAACAAACAGGAGAUCACUUAAUGAGAGGCAAGCUGCGGAAGUCAAUGCAAUUGUGGAUUCCAGAAAGCUAACAAAAUCAACAUCUGCUCGGAUAUCCAUGGAAUCCAUAAUAUCUGUCUCAGCAUCCUCUGGUACAGAUGUCUCCCAUGCUGAAGGCCUGAAGGACCUUGGAAAACAUCUGAAGCCUCUGAAACGAGGACCACCAAUUAAAGUUGAAGGAAACACAAAUUCUGCUUCUUCAAGCCCCACAGCAGGAGGCCUAACACCCCGAAGGCUUGGUACUCUUCCUAAUUACAGCUUUAGUUUUAAGUGUGACGAACGAGCUGAGAAAAGAAAGGAGUUCUACUCAAAGCUUGAGGAAAAGAUUCAUGCGAAGGAGAUUGAGAGAAACACAUUGCAGGCCAAGUCCAAGGAGACUCAAGAAGCAGAGAUUAAGAUGCUAAGGAAGAGCUUAACGUUUAAAGCUACACCAAUGCCAAGUUUCUAUCAGGACCCUGCACCUCCCAAGGUGGAGUUGAAAAAGAUACCACCAACUAGAGCAAAAUCUCCCAAGCUUGGCCGUAAUAAGAACUCAUCCACGGCAGAUACUGAAGGAAAUAGCAGCGGCAGUUGUCGAUCGGGCCGCCUGAGUCUUGAUGAGAGAGGCUCCCAAAAUGGCCUCACGAAGGGACCAUCCCCUUCACAAACCAAGAAGCCGCUUAGAAAGUCUCUUCCCAAACUCCCUUCUGAAAAGUCCACCUUGGCCAAAGCAACAGAUGAUGCUACAUCUCCUACCCAGUAUGAAGAUAACAACUUGGAAAAGGAGGCUCAUCGAACUGCUGGGCCAAGUCAAGCUGAAUCCAGUCCUGAUGAUGGAUCUGGGACCCAAGAGCAGCAUGCAGAGCCCUCGUUAGAACAGAAACCCAUAAGUGAACCUCAUGUGACUGAGCAUUCGGCAGAGCAACAGUGAGAACUGGGUGUGCGUUUCGACAGCAGAGACAGCAUAUCCGCAGAAAAUAAUGAAGGAAUGAAUAAGACUGGAUGAUUACCGAUGAAAGUGUGAAUGAUUUUGUGUUGUGGAUUGUAUGGUCUGUCUUGUUUAUAGUCGGCAUCAAUAUUAAUUGCUUCUUUGUGUGCUUUUCUUUUGGUGAUUGCCUCCUCUACGGUCCAUAAGGACUUGCACUGCAAUUGCACCAACCACCAUUGUAUUAUUAUUUAUGGGGUAUCUUCUACCCAGCUCUGAAUUUAAUUUUCCUGUUGUUG